GGUGAUAUUUAAGCCACUGGCAAACUCUCUCCCCAUCCAUCUCUGCCUUGGCUCAGUCCCCUGCACCUCUUCAAAGACAAAGGAGGCCCUCCAUCAGCACUCAGUCUCUCCACGAGUCCAGCACAAGAAGCUCCAAGAUGCCGGACACAAUCAUGUCCAAGGAGCCCAGUUCCAACCUGGAGAGUGCCAUGCAGAUGCUCAUAAAGACCUUCCACAAGUACUCGGGGAAGGAGGGUGACAAGUACACACUGAGCAGGGGUGAACUGAAGGAGCUGCUACUAGAGGAGCUGGGGACUUACUUAGGGACCUCCAAAGAUAAUGAAGCAGUUGAAAAGGUGAUGAACGACUUGGACGCCAACAACGAUGGGGAGGUGGACUUCACCGAGUUCAUCAUCCUGAUGGGCGCCCUCACCGUCGCCUGCAACGACUUCUUCCUGGAUGUCAAAUCAGACGACAAACCGAAAGAAGGCUCAGCAGAGAAGAAAGAUUGAAUCAGUGCAAGAGAGAAAAGAGGGGGCAGAAAAGUGGGAGAGAGAUGUGGAAAGAGGGAGUAGAGGAGGGGGGGAAAGAGGAGGAGGGGGAGGGAAGGGGAAUGAGCUGUAAAUCAGGAGAGAUUUGUGUCUUAUGCAAUUUGUAAACAACUACAACUACACAUGAGGGGCAGAUAGUUUUAGGGUUCACAGAACACAGGGCAUUCAGCAGGAGUAGUGUUUUCCCUCUGCAACUGUUUUUCAUACCACAGCAUAUCCGGAGCUAGUCAUACUGUUCUCAAAGCAGUGAGACUUUACACACAGAGCAGGGUAUAUUUCAGCUCCUUUCAACUCAAAUAUAACAGUUUAACAGUUCGGAAUAAGGCACUGGAAAGAAAGGAAGUUUGCAGAACGCACAAUAGGAUGUUUGAGCAUUUCUUGCACAUGAAUAAUUUGUGAACAUAUAUUAAGUUACAGAUUAUGAUAUUAUUGUAUGUACUCAGUGUUGACAACAAUAGAAUAUGAUUUAUUCCCUUUACUUCGCCUAUUUUGUAAUCCUUUUUGGUAAUAACCAAUGCAUUCUUCAAAAUAUUAAACAUGGCAUUUAACCAACUAAUAA